UCAAAUGUUUCAAGUUAUAUUGAAAAAUUCCUACUUAGUUGUAGGAUAAUAAUACAAUUUGUGCAUAAUGGUUACUCGAUGUUCGUAAGGGGGCAUUCUGUUACAAAUCUCUGGGAAGAUGGAACGCAGGGGACAGUAUAUGCUACUCCAAAAUAGCUCUUGCAACGCAUUUGAUGCAAACUACAGGGUUGUGCUCUUACCAUUCCUAUCGCUACCAUGUCAAUCUUACUUUCUUUCCCAAUCCUAACAGCCUUAGUGCAGCUCGGAGGAAAGUAAGAAGCCAUAACAUUACUUUCCAUGACAGCACGUGGAGGAGCAGAGGUAUUUUUUUUUCCCCUCAUCAUCAGAAGAAAAAGAAAAUAAUCAUGUUAAUUCGACAAGAGAUUCUCGCGUCCAUGGUGGCAAAGGGAUCGAACUCUUAGUAGUUCCUCACAUCACUACCAAUAAACCCAUCUGAAAUACCACAGGCACCACACAAAGAUCCAUUGUUACUAUAAAAAUAACGUAGAUGAAGAUGGUGACACCUGUUCUCCAAAAUGGUUCUUCUCCAGUAUUUAAGGUGUUAUUUUGGUACCCAAGAUUAGUUACAGAUUGACAUGGUCAAUUGGUAGUUUUUUAGUUAUUCUUAGUUUAGUUUCAUCGAGUCAUGUUCCCCACAAUCCAAGCAAAACCUAUGCUCUAAUAUUAGAGGUGCAGCCAAAUUCCUAUGGUGUCAAUAAACUGCAUAAAUUUCGGGUGCCUAAAACUGGAGAUCUCUUUCCACAACCUCUCAAUGGCUGUCAAACCUUUCCUUUCUUUUCCUUGAUAUAACAUCCUUCUCACAUUCAUUCCCUCCUAUAAGCAGCCUUGGGACUUCCAAGGUAGUCAGUAAUGGCUGAACCUCUCAGAGUCUUGGGCUGCUUUUUCUUUUUUUCCUUUCUCUCAUCUUCUUUCUCAAACUUCUCUCUUGCCCUAACUGAUGCUGAAGCAUCUUCUAUUGCUCGUCGCCAGCUAUUGACAUUACAUGAAAAUGGUGAACUUCCCGAUGAUUUUGAGUAUGAGGUGGAUGUGAAAGAAACCUUUGCAAACCAAAGGCUCAGGAGGGCAUAUAUUGGUCUCCAGGCUUGGAAAAAGGCAAUGUACUCCGACCCGUUUAAUACAACUGGCAAUUGGGUUGGCGCCGAUGUGUGUGCUUAUAAUGGUGUGUUUUGUGCACCGGCUCUUGACGACUCUGGUCUAAGCGUUAUGGCAGGUGUUGAUCUUAACGGUGCUGAUAUUGCUGGGUACCUUCCAGCUGAAUUGGGGCUUUUGACAGAUGUUGCCUUGUUCCACAUUAACUCUAACAGGUUUUGUGGAAUCAUUCCCAAGAGCCUUUCCAAGCUCACACUCAUGUACGAGUUUGAUGUCAGCAACAACCGCUUUGUUGGUGACUUCCCUUCUGUUGUUUUAACCUUGCCAAGCCUCAAGUAUCUUGACAUCAGAUUCAAUGAUUUCGAAGGUAGUUUGCCUCCAGAACUCUUCAACAAGGACCUCGAUGCUUUGUUCUUGAAUGACAACCGGUUCACAUCCACCAUUCCGGAGACAAUAGGCAACUCCCCAGUUUCUGUAGUCACAUUUGCGAACAACAAAUUCACUGGCUGCAUUCCACACAGCAUCGGCAAGAUGACCAACUUGAACGAGGUCAUCUUUAUGGGCAAUGAUCUUGGUGGUUGCUUCCCAGCGGAAAUUGGGCUGCUUAGUAAUGUGACUCUGUUUGAUGCCAGCCACAAUGGGUUCGCAGGAAUCUUGCCGUCCAGCUUUGCAGGGCUAAAGAAGGUUGAACUCUUGGAUCUUGCAGACAACAAGCUGACAGGAUUUGUGCCUGAGAACAUUUGUAGGUUGUCAAGCUUAACGAACUUCACAUUCUCGUAUAACUACUUCAAGGGGGAGGCUCAAGCCUGCGUGCCUCCAUCGAGGAAGGACACCGUGUUGGAUGAUACCAGCAAUUGCCUUUCUGACAGGCCAAAGCAGAAGUCAGCCAGGACAUGUUACCCAGUGGUGAGCCGACCUGUGGAUUGCAGCGAGGACAAGUGUUCUGGAGGAGGAGGUUCUUCGAACCCCCAUCCAAAGCCACAACCCACACCACCUACUCCAGAACAUAAACAAACCCCAUCUCCACCUGAAUCUACUUCUACUCCAACACCAUCAUCACCAACCCCUGCCCCUCAAACACCAGAAUUACCAAAACCAGAACCUAAGUUACCGCUGGCUCCAGUUGAACCAAUUAGUCCAUCAACACCAGAGGUAUCCUUACCACCAUCCUUUUCAAUUAGUCCAUCAAGUCCGGAGAUAUCCUCACCACCAUCUUCAUCAAUUAGUCCACCUACCCCAUCAUCGGACCCAUACAAUCCAGGAUCGAGCGGGCAUGGCCAGACACCACCAUCACUAAAGUCUGCACCGUCACCCGAUCCAUUUAAUUAUUCACCAGUUGGGCAUAGUGAAACACCACUAUCAAUGAAAUCUGCACCAUCACCUGAUCCAUUCAAUAAUUCACCAGAUGGACAUGACGAGAUACCACAAUCACCAGAGUCUGCACCGUCACCCGAUUUAUUCAAUAAUUUACCAAAUGGGCACGACGAGAUACCACUAUCACCGGAGUCUGCACCGUCACCCAAUCCACUCAAUAACUCACCAGAUAGGCACAACGUGACACCACCAUCACCGGAGCCGUCACCAGAUCCAUUUAAUAAUUCACCAAAUGGGCACGACGAGAUACCGCCACCAUUAUCUGAGAUAUCUAUACCACCAUCACCCUUAAUUAGUCCACCAACAUCGGAGAAACAUAUACCACCAUCAUCAGAGUUUGCUCCAUCACCUGAUUCUUAUAAUUUACGAUUUGGCGGGCAUGAUGAUACACAACCAUCACCAGAAUCUGCACCGUCACCUAAUUCAUUUGAUAAUUCAUCAAUUAGGCAUGACAAGACACCACCACCAUCAUUUGAGAUUGGUAUACCACCAUCAUCCUUAUUUAGUCCAUCAACUUCAGAGAAACCUAUACCUCCAUCACCUAAUUCUACACCAUCACCUAAUUCAUAUAACCUCGAACUUGGUGGGCAUGAUGGAACACCACCAUCACUAAUGCCCUCAGCAAAGCCCGAGACACCAAAACCAUCACCACAACCAGAAAUACCAAUAGUAAAUCAUCAUUCUCCUCAACUCCUAGUUCACUCACCUCCACCACCAUCACAAUCCCUAUCCCCUCUAGUUCAUUCACCUCUACCACUAGCACAUUCAUUCCCACCAUCAAUUCAUUUCCCACCACAACUUGUACAUUCACCCCCACCACCUGUAUACUCUUCUCCACCACCCCCUCUGCAUUCACCACCACCACCACUUAUCUAUUUCCCUCCACCACCAGUUUACUCUCCUCCUCCGCUAGUAUAUUCACCGCCACCACCAGUACACUCCCCCCCACUGCUAGUGCAAUCACCCCCACUAGCACACUCUCCCCCACCACUACCGGUUUACCCUCCCCCUCCGCCAAUACAAUCAAUCCCACCACCAGUGCACUCUCCUUUAUCGCCGGUACAAUCAAUCCCACCACCAAUGCACUCACCUGCUUCAUCACCUAUACACUCACCCCCGCCACCUAUGCAAUCUCUCCCUCCACCACCUAAAAACUCACCCCCACCCAUAAACUCACCCCUGCCACCCGUGCAAUCUCUCCCUCCACCACCCGUGCACUCCCCCCCACCACCAGUUAGAUCACCUCCACCUCCAAUUUUCUCUCCACCACCAGUAAUUGUAUCUCCUCCUCCACCUCCUCAUGCUUUUCCUCCACCGCCCCCGAAAGAAGACCUGGUCCUUCCACCAAACCUCGGAUUCCAAUAUGCAUCACCACCUCCACCGACGUUCCCAGGCUACUAAUUAGCAUACAUGACCAUUGUUUGUAGUUCCAAAAGGCUAACGUACGCCGCUGAAAAUAAACUUGGGUACUUCAACUUCUCGACGAGGAAAUAUAACGUUUCCCCCCCUCUUCAUGGAAUGGAAGUUCUUGUUGUUUACGUUACCAGAGAUAUGUCUCUUCCAUUUUCUCUCUCUCUCUCUAUCAUAUCUAAGCAAAAACUGAGGAACUGGAACAAUAUGUUGCUAACUUGACAGUGACAGUGAUUUGCUUGUAAACUACAUUUUCAAGGAUCUGAUAUACAGAAGAGAAUAACAUAAUUUUUUUUCCUUGUCAAUGCCACAUGACUGGUUUUUGUACUUGGUGGUGUGCAUGCCAUCAGAAUUUCAUGCAAGGUA